CUUGCAACCGUUGGUGAUGUCUCCUCAAGUUCAGCUCUUUUUGCUGCUGCUCGUCUGCGUGACUUUACCCGUGUAUGGCGUGGAAAAGGUGAGAAGUAGAGGAUACCGAAAGGAUCCUGACGCUGACAAGUAUGGCAGCUGCAUGCAAGGUCCAGCAGGAACACCCGGGAGAGAUGGUAACCCCGGCGCAAAUGGCAUCCCGGGGACACCGGGCAUUCCUGGACGUGACGGCCUCAAGGGUGAGAAGGGAGAAUGUGUCAAUGAGAUCUUCGAAGAACCCUGGAGGCCCAACUACAAGCAGUGUGCCUGGAACUCCUUGAAUUAUGGGAUCGACUUGGGAAAAAUUGCAGACUGUACGUUCACCAAGCUGAGAACAGACAGCGCCCUGAGAGUUCUUUUCAGUGGCUCCCUCAGACUCAAGUGCAAGAACGCAUGUUGCCAGCGGUGGUACUUCACCUUCAAUGGAGCAGAGUGCACAGCACCACUUCCCAUAGAGUCCAUCAUAUAUUUGGACCAGGGCAGUCCAGAGCUCAACUCCACCAUCAAUAUCCACAGAACAUCUUCAGUGGAAGGACUGUGUGAGGGUGUCAAAGCAGGGUUGGUGGACGUGGCCGUAUGGGUGGGGACCUGCGCUGACUAUCCCCGUGGCGAUGCAUCCACGGGAUGGAAUUCAGUUUCCAGGAUUAUCAUCGAAGAGCUUCCAAAAUGAAAAUAGUUACAUAAGAUGAAUGACGUCAGCUUUAAGUACUAUGUUAUCUGGUUUUCAAAAAUAAGCAGGUACGGUUUACUGAGGCCUCACAACAUCACUGAUAAGAACUUCAAUGUUUUGCUGACAGAAUUUACAAUUUGACUGGCCAGUUUCUUUACCAGGAAAAAAUAUUUUUUUAAAAAUCUGUACUGUACUGUACUGUUAACUUUCCACUUGCUGGUGCUGUCGGCAGUAAUUGCCAACAUGUAAACAUGUCCUGUUUUUUUUUUUUUUUUUUACAUGAAUUUUUACUGUUUAAUAAAGCAAUUUUUUUUUUUUAACUUUUCAUGUUUUUUUCCCUUCUAUGUUUCUGACCCCCCUCCCCAAUAUAUAUGUAUAUAUGAACCAAAGGUAGGACUAAUUGGGGAGAUAUGAAGAUUGUUGCUUGCAAAAAUAGAACAAAAAAAGACGGACCUCAAUAAAUUUAAAAUCUGAUGUUGACAGUUUGUUCCUCUUCCUGUUUAUCCAGUUGUUUUUUUUUCUAAAUACGCAUUAGAAUUUAUUAGACAACACAAGGAAGUGUGCAGUUCUGAGUUUAUAAAAAUUAAACAAAAAAAAAACAUCUUUGUUGCCAGCA